AUGACGGUUAUCAAAUUCCGAGAUAAGAAAUUUACUGAUGAUUUUCUUUUAUUUAAGUCGACCUCGGGAGAAUCAAUCAUUUGUGGAUUUAGUUCAAUGUCUGAAAAGGAAGCAAAUGAACAUUCUGUCGAGUAUCUAAGUAGUACUGGUGCUCAGGACUGGUCUGACGUUGAUCAGGCCAUGCAACUUGCUAAUGAGUCGAAGAAAGUGGUGAUUGACGAAAAAAGAGAUAGAGCCGUGCUUAGAAAGCUGGACUUUUAUUUGAUGCCUCUUGUCUCUUUUCUUUACGCAUUGUUUUAUAUUGAUAAAGCAUGCAAUGGUUAUGCUGCAGUCAUGGGUAUCCAGACUGACAUGAAUAUGAAGGGAAACCAGUACUCCUGGACGUCCUCCGCAUUUUAUUUGGGCUAUCUUUGUUUCCAGCCAUUUGCUGGUUACACAUUGCAAAGAUUUCCAUUAUCGAGAACAUUCAGCUUGUACAUGCUCUCUUGGGCUGUGAUUAUCUGUUUGCAGGCUUCAAACAGUAGUUACGCCGCGUUCACCUUUCUGAGAACCCUCUUGGGCUGCUCCGAAGCUUCAGCCUCGGUGUUCACUACUCUACUUACAUCUCAAUACUACCGCAAAAAAGAGGCGUUUUUGAGAGUCUCAUUUUGGUUGAGUACCUCGGGAUUUGGAAUUGUAUUUGGAUCGCUGAUGAGUUACGGAAUUGCAAUCAGGGCAGAUCAAUUUACGAUUGAAUCCUGGAAAGUGCUAUUCAUUGUGGUUGGACUCAUUUCUUUGGUUAUUGGGAUAAUCGUGUUUUUCCACAUUCCUAAUACUCCUGCGGAGGCAUGGUUUCUUUCCAAAGAAGAGAAACUCGUUGUUGUUGAAAGAAUCAGAGAGAACUACCAAGGAUUUGGUAAUAAAAAGUUCAAGAAACAACAGUGUAUCGAGGCUCUAUUGGACCCAAAGACGUGGCUCUUCUUCCUUUAUGCUAUCGCUUUCAAUAUUCCUAACGGAGGAAUUGCUUCAUUUGGAUCUAUCUUGCUGCAUAGCGAUCUUGGUUACUCGUCGACCACAGCACUUCUGUACGGUGUUCCUCAGGGAAUUGUCGAGUUUGUUGGACUACCGAUCAUUGCUUACACAAUCCAGAAACUCAACUGGUCUCGGCUGUUGACCACAAGUAUAGUUAUCAUCUGCUGCAUCUCUUUUUCCUGUAUGCUGGCGUUCGGAAAGGAAAAUCAUGUUAAGCUUGCUGGAUACUUGCUUUUGAGUUUCAUGCAAAUUGGUCCAAUUGGAUGCUUCUCUUAUUUUGCAAGCAAUGUUCCAGGCCACACUAAGAAAAUUACGGUCACCGGUAUCUACUUGAUUGGGUACUGUGUUGGAAAUCUAGUGGGUCCCCAGACAUACCGUGCUUCAGAUGCUCCUCACUAUGUCCCUGCAAAGAUAGCCAUCGUGGUUUGUUUGGCGGUGUCGGCAGCAUGUCUUUUGGCUAUUUUCACAAUCUGCAUGAUUGAAAACAAAAAGAGAGACAAAAACCCUAAUGCCAAUCCCGAACUCGCCCCGGAGAACAUUGAGUUUUCUGAUCUGACUGAUAAAGAGAACAUAUUUUUCAGAUACACUUUAUAA